AUGAUAACGGAAACUGAGUUAAUUCUGUUAGUCGCCGGGUUUUUCAUAGCCUUUAUGCUUGCUUUCGGCAUUGGUGCAAACGAUGUUGCUAAUUCAUUUGGAACAAGUGUUGGUUCCAAGGUAUUAACUUUGCGAUCCGCUUGCAUUUUGGCAACAAUCUUUGAAACUUCUGGGUCUGUACUUCUUGGCGCGCACGUAUCCCAAACAAUUCGUGGUGGCAUUAUCAAGCCCGAAUGUUUUAAUGCUACUGAAGAUGGUCCUCGCAUACUCAUGCAGGGUCAGGUUGCGUCCCUCUGCGGUGCCUGUGUGUGGAUGAUUGUUGCAACUUUUUUUAAGCUUCCCGUUUCGACUACGCACAGUAUCGUAGGUGCUACAGCCGGAUUUGGUCUUAUGCUUUUUGGCCUAGACGGUGUCAACUGGAUGGGUAUCUUAAAAAUAGUUCUUUCUUGGUUUGUGUCACCUUUAUUGAGUGGCUUUGUCUCGUCCAUCUUGUUUCUUAUUAUCAAAUACUUCGUUUUGGUCAAGGAGCAGUCCCUUGAGCCGGCCCUUUACACUCUUCCAUUUUUGUAUGGCGUUACCAUAAUCGUUAACGUGUUUUCCGUAAUUUACGGAGGUCUUCACAUCUUUAAUCUUCCUGAAAUACCGUUGUGGGUCACCUUUGCUAUAAGCUUUGGCUCAGGCAUCACCGCUGGUCUGAUAGUUUUCUUCUUCGUGCGACCCAUAAUUAGGAAAAAGGUCCUAAAACGACUCGAAUUGAUGGCUAGUGGAAAGUGGAAUGUGGAAAAAGAGGAGCCAAAAUAUAGGCUUAUCAAUAAGGUUCGAGAUCGUAUAUUACAUGGUCUUCACUUACGAAAAAGCACAAAGGAAAACAAUGACACUCCUCAUUUUGCCGAAGGUUCAGGUGCUGAUGCUGGGCCCUCAGGAGAUGAGACAGGGAAAGUUGAACUUCAAACAGUACCUUCUAUUACUGAAAUUGGAAUUCCUGAGCCUCCUCAAGGAGCUUCGCAACAGCCUGAUGCCUCCACAGUCACAUUCGUAGAAGAAAAAGAGGUUAGAGCACACAAGGGUGCAUACGAUAGGCCGGAAGAAGCGCAAGUGUUUGCUUUUGCACAAAUCCUCACUGCAACGUUCGGUUCAUUUGUUCAUGGUGGCAACGAUGUCAGCAACGCCAUCGGACCUCUAAUUGGUCUUUGGCUUGUUUGCACAACUGGCAAUGCUCUGAUGUCAGCCUCGCCUCCAGUAUGGAUUUUGUUCUUUGGCGGAGUUGGCAUCUCUGUUGGCUUGUGCGUGUGGGGCCGAAAAGUAAUGCAGACAAUCGGGACCGAUUUAACUGUCAUUACUCCUUCCAGUGGAAUGUGCAUCGAACUUGGCGCGGCGGUUACAGUUUUAAUCGCAAGUAAGGCAGCACUCCCGGUCUCUACGACACACUGUUUGGUUGGCGCAGUGGUUUCCGUCGGGUACAUACGUUCCAAAGCUAGCGUCAACUGGAAGCUUUUUGUAAACAUUAUCUUUGCUUGGGUUGCCACAUUGCCGAUUUCUGCCGGGCUCUCAGCUCUCAUUAUGUACAUUUUUACAAAGACACUCUAA